UUUAUUUCCAAGUCCUGGAAUCCGGAAUCACACUGAUCGCUAUCACACAUGGAUUAUACUCUUUUCGCUCCUUUUUCUUUUUUUCUGCCUUAGAGGAAACUUUCGCACCAACUGUUUCCAGGUGGGACUGCUUUCUAGUGUCAGAGCCAUGGGUUGCUUGUUAAGAUGGACUGCUUUGAUUUGGACUGUAAAUGUAAUUCCUUGCACUUUUGGAAUGGCAGUGAGUGAACGAACAGAUGGCUCAUGCCCCCCUCUGAGCGUAGAGGAGCACAGGUUCACUGAUGUCUUAGAUCGUCCUCUGGACAUCACAGGAUUUGAUCUCACGGAAAAGUUUCUUCUCCGAAAGGGAACGAUCACAGAGGACCUUCCGUCAUAUCGUUUAGGAAGCAGUCCUCUCAUAAAGCCAACAAAAGAAAUAUUUCCAAAUGGGCUUUCAAGUGAAUACUCCCUUGUCUCCAUCUUCCGUGUAAGAAGAACCACAAAAAAAGAUCGCUGGUAUCUAUGGCAGAUAUUCGACCAAUCAGGAGACAGUCAGGUAUCUGUGGUGGUCGAUGGUGGCAAGAAGGCGGUGGAGUUUUUUUCCCGGGGCGAGCUAAAGAACGCUCUCCGCUACACGUUUAAGAGCCGUGACCUACAUGCCCUUUUUGAUCGCCAGUGGCACAAGCUGGGCGUUUCUGUCCAGAGCAACAUAGUCUCCAUUUAUUUGGACUGCAAGCUAAUAGAAAGGAGGCUGACGGAUGAGAAAGACAGUGUUGACUUCCGUGGGCGCACUCUCAUCACCACCCGAGUGGAGGAUGGACGACCUAUAGACAUUGAACUGAGACAAAUUCUCAUCUACUGUGACCCUUAUAUGGCCGAGAUGGAAAAUUGCUGUGAGCUACAGGAGCCAAAGAGUGAAGCCAACCAGACCUUUAAUGGGACGGACCCUCCCCCGGUUGCAGCCAAGCUCCCCCAGAUGCUGUCUCUGCCCGCCGCAAAGUCAAUUGACAGAUGUCACUGUCCAGCUGAAAAGGCGGACACAGGGGAGGCCGGGCUUUCAGGAGAUCCAGGACAUGAGGGGGAACUUGGAUCAGAAGGGCAAAAGGGAAUCGAUGGGGAGAAGGCUCUGAAAGGUGACCCAGGGCCGGUUGGUCCAAAAGGAGACAAAGCUGACAAAGACUGUUUCAAAGGAGAUCAGGGCCUCCCAGGUGACAAAGGAGAACAGGGUGUGGCGGGGGUCCCAGGGGAGCCAGGAAAAGAGGGCAAAAGGGGACGGAGAGGAAAGAGUGGGGAACCUGGAGUCAGAGGCCUGCCUGUGGAGGGGGCUGAGUCUGCAGUCCCGGGGGGGAAAGGGGAGAAAGGAGACCCUGGUCAGAUAGAUGCUCAGGGGGCCGGAGAGAUGAAAGGACAAAAGGGUGAAGUUGGCCUUCCUGGUCCGCCUGGUCCUGUGAUGACAGCUCACGGAUUAAGACUGCUCUCUGCAACUGAUGAAAUGAAGAAGGUGAAGACCCAAGGAGAAAAGGGAGAUCAGGGGGAGAGAGGAGCUCAAGGGCCGCAAGGCUUCAAGGGAAACGUCGGUCCACCGGGACUAAAAGGAGAUCAGGGGCCAGAGGGCAAGCAAGGCCUGUCUGGACUCCCAGGACUCCCGGGCGAGGCAGGCUCGUCAGGGGAGUCCGGGGUGUCUGGUAAAGAUGGCCUGAAAGGAGAAAAGGGGGACUCUGGUGCAGUGACGGGGCUUCCAGGCCCUAAGGGGGAGCCUGGAGGAGGAUAUAUGGGCGAUGGGUUGUCUCUAAGCAGAGGGUCUCGCGGGCCCAAGGGUGAGAGAGGUGUCCCAGGAUUGUCCGGAGAACAUGGAGACAAAGGCGAACCUGGAGAGACUAUCAUAGGCUCACCUGGCCGCAUGGGAUCUUCUGGAAAACCGGGAAUUGAGGGCCUUCGUGGACUCCAAGGUUUAUCUAGCCCUCCUGGAGUUCCAGGUAGAGAGGGCUCCCCUGGUAGGCCAGGCCCCCCCGGCCCUGCUGGACCCCCAGGUGAACCAACUGCCCUGCCAAUUGUUGGAGACAUGGGAGCAUUACUCAAGAAUGCCUGCAGUGUGUGCCAGACGAGAGUCCCAGGGCUUCCUGGGCAGAAGGGAGAGAAGGGGUCCAAUGGAGCGCAUGGAGUAGAAGGCUUGGUGGGAGAAAAGGGGGAUCCUGGUGUAAGAGGUCCCAUGGGUAACCCUGGGAAAGAAGGCCCAAAGGGAGUGAAAGGAGAGAGAGGGUUCGCAGGCCCCACCGGAGAUAAAGGUGAUGAGGGGCUUUCAGGAGCUCCAGGACUUCCUGGAGUGACCGGUCGAACAGGGUCUCAGGGGCUUAUGGGUAGACCUGGGCCAUUGGGGCCACACGGUGGAAAAGGGGAAAGAGGAAAUGACGGAGCCCAGGGCAUGCCAGGGCUUCCAGGGCCACCGGGUGUACCUUAUGUGGAGGGCAAUGGGAUGAGCAGUCUGUACAAGCUGCAGAGCGGUGGAGCUAUGCUGGGACCCCCUGGAGCUCCUGGUGCUCUGGGUCCUAAAGGAGAUGACGGAGUUGCAGGGGAACCAGGGGCCAUGGGAUUACCGGGGCUUGAAGGGCUACCCGGUGCCAAGGGCGAUAUUGGUUUGCCUGGUUCGUCUGGAAUGAUAGGUCCUACAGGGAAGCCCGGCACUGAUGGAGAGCGAGGGAUCCCAGGAGACUCGGGUGAGAGGGGGCCGCUCGGAGAGACAGGAUUCCCAGGGCCCGAGGGACCCCAAGGUGUUCCUGGGAGACCUGGAAAAGAUGGAACUCAUGGAGAAAAGGGAGUUACAGGUACAUCAGGAGACAGGGGAUCCAAAGGAGAGCGUGGGGAUCCCGGUAUUCCUGGAGAAAGAGGGGUUCAAGGCGAGAGGGGGCGCUUAGGAGAUCCUGGCCCGCUUGGACCAUCCGGACAGAAAGGAGAUUCUGGCGCUCCAGGGACAUUUGAGAAUGCUAACCUCUUGGGUGAUCCCGGCUUCAUUCAAGAACUCAAAAUGCUCAUCAGAAACGAAGUAUUAAAGGUCUUUGAAGAGAAGCUAUCGAGCUCUGCCGUGCCACAGAAGACACAUGCAGGGAUCCUGGCUUCACAAAUCCACGGGCCUCCUGGAGCUCCUGGGAAGGACGGAUUACCCGGAACACCAGGAGAGCCCGGACCUCCUGGUACUCAUGGGUACAGGGGGCAGAAAGGAGAGCGGGGUCAGCUUGGUCUGGGGUUACCAGGAGAUCCAGGAGCCACGGGGCCACCAGGCCCCCCUGUGACCACUCCUCAGGGCCCUCCUGGCUCUCCGGGGCCCCGUGGACCCCCUGGGAACUGUGACCCAGGUGACUGCCUACUUCCAUCCCUGUGAGCCCAGCGGAGCCGAUUGGAAAACCAACGUCAAACUCCGGACCUACAACUGACCUCUUUUGCUCACGUUACAAACACGUGGGGAUGCAGUCAGGAUUGUUCCUGUUCUUGUUGGGUUUGUUUUAAAUUGGAUAGAAAACCUUUGAGGGUUUUUGUUGUUUCUUUCUGAAAUCCUGUACUUCUUGUUUUCACAUCCCCUACUGUGAUGCAUUCCUUGUCAACUCUCAUUAUGUCUUUCAAGACCAUGAAAUGACUUUGUUUCAUCAGUUCUGUCGGAAAAAAAUGAUCUUAAUAAUUAAUUGUUUGCCUCCUUAAUGGGCAUGCCUUUUCACUCUUCUGUUCUUAUUCAGAUAAGCCAAUGUGCUGGCAGAAGGUACAUCUCAAAUGUGUGCGUUUGUGUGCAAGCGAGAAAGAGAUUAGCUGAAUGAAUAAACUUGUUUUAUGUGGAGGUGUGAGAAAAUAACAGAUUUGUGAAGCUCCUUAUGCAACCAAAGUGCAGCAGAUGUGUCGGAUAUGGAAAUUAUUUAUUUCAAGCGUGUUAUUCAAGAAUAUAUUUAAAGAGGGUACUUAUUAUUGUAGUAAAUGUAGCAUGGAUGUUCAGUAAUAGUAUUACUAGAAGGAGGAUUAAUACGUUUCUGGAUUACUGAGAGUUGCGUUUGAUGAAAUCAUCACUCAUGACACAUUUGCAUUGUGCACGGUAAUCUUUUUUUUCACUGAAUCUGCAGUUUUAUAAUUGAUAAAGACGUCUUCCUAUUUUCUGUAGGUUACGUGUCGGUACUGAGCGCCAUACCUUUUGCAGUACAAAAACCUACAAUUCAUACUUUUACUGAGACUACUGUGUUUGUAAGACAUCCAUCCAUCAAGGGCAGAUUCAAAGAAUGUAAUUGUAAAUGAUUUGUUUGAGUGUGACUUCACAUUCGCCUUAUUGUCUGUUUAAUCUGUACAUACGUUGAGUGAUUGUGGUUUUUAUUUUUGAUUUAUUUCUUCCUUUCUUAUGGGGCUUGUGAUGGGACCUGGCGACCUUGAGAGCCUUGAAAGGCGCCUAUAUAAAAUAAAUGAUUUACCUGAUCAUUUUUACAUAAGCAAGUUGUCAUUGUAGUGACACAUUCAGGUUCUCACUUUGUUAUCAAUGUGUUUGUCUGAGAUGAUAAUGUAACAUUAGCUGUUUACAUGGUGUUGUGUAUGAUGAUUCCUAAAUAUUUUUGAUUUGUUCAACCACUCAAAGGAAGUCGGACGACUACACUACAACUUCAGACUUUUUUUGGUGAAUUAUUUACUCAUAAAUCUACUUGAAGUUUCUCGCUGUUUGUUUUAAAGGGGCCUUAUUAAGCUUUGUGCGGUUAUCCCCUUCCUGUUAUGUGUUAUAUCUGUGCAUGUAAAUGGUCAGCAAAGGCUAAAAUCCCAAAGUUCACGCCACAUGGAGUUUCUUCCCUCCAUUGGACUCCUUUGUUUACUUCUGUAACAUAAUGACAUCACUAUGUAACACUCGCUCUUCUAUUGGCUAGCGCUUCAAGACAUUGUACGUGAUAGACAUGUCACUGUGAGAUGUUUCCAUGCUUGACAAUGUCUGAGUAGAGGCACACAAUAUAAAAUGAACCUGAAAAUGAGCAUAAUAGGGCCCCUUUAAAGACAAGUCUACAUCCUGGUCUUUCACUCACUGACCACCACUGUGUCACUAUAAUGUCUGGUUUUGUGGUGUCUUGUGACUGGAGUUUGGAUUUAUUUAUUUACUGUAACAUAAUGUUUUAUUGUCAUUGUAAUGUUACUAGAGAAACAUUUUGAGUUCAACCCUACCUAAACAAGCCUUCUGAGUUUUCUUAUCCAGAAACUCACUACAACUGCACAUUUGCAGACCUUCAUCAGGACAAAAGUUAAUAAAGCAUUCAAACUUUAACAUUGAAUGUCCUGAAAUGUAUUUUACAUUUUCUCAAUCUUUUUUUUCAAGUGCUGUUUAAUGAGAGUUUGACUCAAAGGCUUUACAAAUGUUUAAUGUCCUGCUGUGAUUUAUGUCUGAAAAGUUCUGUGGGUGUAUCUGACAUUUUGUGACGUUGUAAGAACUCUCUUCUUUCUGCGUUGCAUCCUUUAAGAUCUGUUUGAGACUUUUAACUUCAUUUCCACAUCUUAGACCGUCAUCAAGCUUCUCUUACACAUAUGAAUUAUAACUUGCAUCUUCCUCUGAAGCUGCAGAGCAUUUUUUAAUACUUUUCUCAGCAUGCGGGCUUGGUUUUUAUCCCUGCUAAGUUUUAUCAGUGUGAGUUGGUCUAAUUUCAGAUAGUAGUAAAUCAAAUGUGUGGAGCUGACUUCAUUUGUGAGUUGAAAGAGCCCCCUGCUGGACAUAUAUUUAAUGUUUCAUUGCUUGUAAUGUGGAAGGACAACAUCAAUGGGUUCUACCCUACAUAAAUCCCCUUCUAUUGGCUUCUGUCUUUUCAUCAUGCAAAUUUUUCUUUUUCAUAUUCUAUUUAAUGGGUUACCUUAACAAUAACGCCGACCUUGACCAAAUGAAAUGAGGCAGCAUCAGCGGGAAUAUGUGAUCUGAACUGUUUUGGUGUACUGAUGAGAGCAACUCUCUGCAAAUAUUGAAUUUAGCUUGAAUUGACAUUAAUAUGCGUCACUUUUCUGGCGUCAAUUUAACUUAACAGGGGAAUGAUAACUAGGGAGGACACAGCAUGGCCGCUGUUGUCACUGCCUACUUUGCGAGCAAUUUGGAGCCGGCCAUUUUAACAUUGCUCCGAUUUUAAAUCCAGUUAGUGGGAGAUGUCAGAUGAAUGCAAAUUAGACAAAGUGUUUUUAUGUUAAAUCAAAUGUGGUAAUACAUCCAAAAAAAGACAAUACAUAUUUCAUUAUUGCUUUCUUUUUGUUUAACAGUAAUGUAAAUUGAUCCUGUUGCCACAUUUAAUCUAAUCUUGUAAAUAAGCUUGUAAUGAGGGGGAAUAUGGAUCAGCCUCUCAGCACGGUCCCUGGGAUUAAAAAUGUCCGCCUGCUGCUCUCACUGUUGCUCCUCUAUAAGCUCAUGUCGUGUUGUGGGACUUUAAUGUGUGUUCAUUUCGUUGGAUAUCUACCUCAGUCUUGGUUAACCACAAGUCUACAUGAUUAGCUAUGUUGGAGAGAAAGAACAUCACAACACAAACUGUUGCCUUUUACUGAAAGAAGCAAUUGAACCUCAUGUGUGUGUAGAAACAAAGUGGACUUAUAUAUGUGGUGACCAGGUAUCAGAGGUUAUAUUUACACUUUUCUUUGCAGCAUCCUUUAUUUACACUGAUUAAUGGCACCUGCCUUACCUGUGUGCAAUAAAUGUUACUCAGUGCUUUA